AUGGGUAUAUCUAACAAGGUUUGCCGGCUUGGAAUCGGAGAUUUUAAGGUAGAAGUGAUUGAAUUGCACCUACUUGACCUUUGUGGUCAAUUCGGCAUUCAAUCCAGAAGUGGCCAAGAAUCUAUCCCAGUCACCGUGUCGGCAUCCAGACACGGUAAGACCCAAACAAACGUUAUCAAUAUACCUAUCUAUGCCAAAUGUGCCGAGAAAGUUUAUUGUAUUUUAGGGAAGGAGUUUGGAGAGUAUGCUGGGAAGAAAGCUAUCCUGGUUAAGGCCGUUUACGGACUCAAAAGUUCCGGAUUUGCAUGGAGGAGCCUCUGUGCAGACGUUUUGAAGGAACAAUUGGAGUUCCAACCAUGUCGUGGAGAUAUGGAUGUUUGGCGUCGUCCUUGUCAACGCAAAGAUGGUGGUUCGAAAUAUUAUGAGUAUAUUUUGGUUUAUACUGAUGAUGUCAUUGCAAUCUUGGAGAAUCCAAAAGCGAUUAUGGACAAACUCAACAAUUUCUUUGUUUUAAAGCCUGACUCGAUAAAAGAGCCAAUCACAUAUCUCGGUGCGACAAUCUCAAAGCACAAGUUGGAUGGUGAUGAUUAUUUCACCUGGGCUAUUGGAUCUGAAGCGUAUCUACAAGAGUCGUUACGAGUUGUCAAGAAACGGAUUGCGCCAAUGCAAUUGACUUUGAAGAGAAAGGUUUACUCAACUUUACCCACUGGAUACAAGCCGGAACUUGAUUCUACUCCCUUUGUCGAUGAUGAUACUGCUAUUUUCUACAUGUAA